GGGUCCAGAACCCACUUCCGUAUCACGCGCGACCAGCGCGCUCCUCUCGUCCGUCGCCCACAGCUCCGUGCAUACCACCAACGCCCGCGGCCUGCUCGCCUACCACGCAUCCUCGUGCGCCCAGCGCUGCCCCUCGUUCAACCCACGCCCAAGGCGCGCCAUCGCUUCAAGACCGUGUGCAUCACGCUCACGAGCGGUGUCCCAACCGCGAGCAGCCCGAGGAUCAACGGCGCGAGGAACGGGAGCAACGACAAGCGGACUUCGAGCAAGAUGAUGACUUUGACCAGCGGUCCCAGGCGUCCAACGACUAUGACCGGCCGAAGCCCGUCAAACCACAACUCACGUUGUCCACCUUCAACGGCACAGAUCCUGACGCAUGGCUCAACCGAGCUGUGCAAUAUUUCGAGCUUAAUGAAAUCAAUGGGCAUGACCGUGUAAGGUACGCUGCUUAUUAUCUUGAUGGGGAGGCCAACGUAUGGUGGCAAUGGCUUGUAAGCAUCUAUCAAGGCAACCCACUCCACAUCCGAUGGGCAGAAUUCGAGUGCGAGUUACUUGCUCGAUUUGGAUCAUCCGACUACCACAGCUACGACGAGUCGCUCUCACACAUCAAGCAGACAGGGAGUCUUCGGGGCUACAUGAAAGAGUUCGAGCGGCUCGCAUGUCGGGUGCGCAACUGGACGAGUUCUGCGCUCAUUGGGACUUUCAUAGGUUGGCUCAAGUUCGAGCUAGCCGCAGAAGUAAGGCUCGACCAACCACAUACCCUGCGCGAGGCCAUGGAAUCUGCGCGAAGAAGGGAUGAACACUUAAUGGCCACACGGAGGAUCGGGCGAGAGAGUGUGCGCAACAUGGAACAACGGCGCAUGGACCAACACUUGAACGAGCGCACAAUCAUAGACAACGCACCAUCGAACAUGAGCAACGUCCAGCCAAACCCGCGACCACCGAACAACUUUCGAACGCCACCUCCGAGCGUUAAACAACUCACGUUCGAGGAGAUGAGACGUCGACGUGAGAAGGGUCUCUGCUAUAAAUGCGAAGAAAGGUUCACUUCAGGUCAUCAAUGCGAACGACUUUUUCUGAUCGACGUCAUCGAAGAGGACGAGAAAGAAGCCUAUGAGGAACAACCGGCGCAGCAAGUGAAUGAAGUUUUGGAGAUCUCGGUUAAUGCAAUGGCAGGCCUACAGGGACCGAGAACAAUCCAACUGCCCGCCAUGAUCAAAAAACGGCCAAUCGAGGUACUAGUCGACACUGGCUCAUCGCAUAACUUCAUUUGCGACCGAAUACGUAAGGACUUAGUGCUCAAGGCAACGAAAGUGGAACCGUUCGAUGUAAGGGUUGCCAAUGGAGAGCGGCUAAGAUGUCAUGAAUAUUAUCGAGAG